GUUGCGGAUCAGCGUAAAGAACCUUAACUGGUGCUCAUCAACAUAUUAAUGUUAAUUGACAUAUAAAAAAAUUUAAUUAGAAUUUAAAGGAAAGAGAAACAUGAAAUGUUGAUAAGUUUAAUAUAAAAGAGAUUCGAGCAUACUUCUUAAGUGUUUAUUGACGGAAAGUAAAUAGAGAUCAUCCUGUAGAUCAUUAAAUAAAUGUAAAGAAAAGAUCUGAAAGUGAAAAAGCAUUAAAGUGGAAAGAUUAAGUUCGUUGCAUAUAAAAGCUGGAUUACAAGAAAAGUGUCAUUCAACAAUUGAGUGGUAUAACGUCGAUAACGUACAAAAAAAAGUACAUAGAAUAAGAAAAUCUUUAAAGCAAAUAUAAGAAAAAAAAGAAUAUAUUCAACAGAUUGUGAGUGGAAGAGAAUAAAGAGGAGGAAAGAAUUUAAUAAAAAUCAUAGGGAAUUGUGACGAGAAAUCCAUUCCGAGAUUGUUGCAUUGAGACGGAUGAACAACAGAAACUAACAAGACAUAAGACGUGGAGCAACAGAUUAGAAUAAUUUUUUUUAAAAAAAAUCUCCGUAACGAAAAAAGACAAUAAAACAAUUUUAGCUGGUAAAGUGAUAAUAUUAAGCAUAAAGAUUAUUCAAUAAAAGUAAUAAAAAUGACGACAAAUCACACGGCGAAUCACGAUGAGCCGCAACAACAAGGACCAGGAGAUGGUAGAGCUAGAGAUCGUCGGAGUGUCUUAGGAGAGAAUUUGCUGACAAUUUUAACAAUCAUUGGUGUUGUUGGAGGCACAAUUUUUGGACUUAUUUUAAAAAAAUCCGACCACAAUUGGACACAGCGUGACAUAAUGUACAUUCAAUAUCCUGGUGAUUUAUUCUUAAGGAUGCUCAAAUGUCUGAUUGUGCCAUUGAUUGUAGCAUCAAUUACGAGUGCUAUUGGUGGACUAGAUCUAAGUUUAUCGAAAAAAAUUGCAUUCAGAUCUAUUAUAUAUUACUUUACAACGACUAUUUGUGCGGUAAUACUCGGUAUUAUACUCGUAACUGUUUUCCAACCUGGCAAAGGACACAAGAUGGAUGAUAAAGAAGAGGAAAAAGUUUCUCGAGAUGUUCUUACGGCUGAUACACUUCUUGAUUUAGUGAGAAAUUUAUUCCCGCCAAAUAUUGUUCAAGCCACGAUGUUCCAAUAUCGUACACAUUUAGAGCCACCAGAGAAUGUCACCGCUGAAAUGGUUCCAUUAACAUCGUUCAAAAUCAAGGGUCAAUGGCGUGAAGGAAUGAAUGUUUUGGGUUUGGUCAUGUUCAGUGUUGUUCUUGGAGCAACAAUCGGUAAAAUGCGUGAACGUGGAAAGCCAAUUCAAGACUUUUUGGUCUCAUUGAGCGAAGCUAUGAUGAUUAUCACAAGAUGGGUUAUCUGGAUCUCACCAAUUGGAGUGUUCUUCUUGAUUGCCGCUAAAAUUCUUGAGAUGGAGUCACUCGCUGAAGUCAUUGGAAAAUUGGGAAAAUAUUUCAUCACUGUCAUGUUCGGUCUUUUUGUUCACGGUCUUGGUACAAUAGCCAUUAUUUUCUAUAUUGUCGUUCGAAAACUUCCAUACGGAUACAUCUUAAAAAUGUCUCAAGUUCUUGCCACCGCAUUUGGUACUGGCUCAAGUUCAGCAACGAUGCCAAUCACAAUUAAUUGUCUUGAUAAUAUGGGAAUCGAUCCAAGAGUGACACGUUUUGUAGUCCCUGUUGGUGCCACAAUUAACAUGGAUGGCACUGCACUUUAUGAGGCUGUCGCUGCAUUAUUUAUUGCUCAAUUACGUAAUAAAGCAUUAACACUUGGUAAAAUUGUUGCUGUGAGUGUAACGGCAACAGCUGCUUCUAUUGGUGCUGCUGGAAUUCCGCAAGCUGGUUUAAUUACUAUGGUCAUGGUCCUUGAUACUGUCGGUCUACCUGCUGAAGAUGUAACGAUAAUUAUUGCUGUUGAUUGGCUACUUGAUCGAUUCCGUACGACAAUUAACGUUAUGUGCGAUGCACUUGGAACAAUUCUUGUGGACCAUUUAUCGAAAGGAGAGCUGAGUGGAACGGCCCAAAAAUUAGAACUUGGAGAGCCACAUGAAUUAGUCGAGUUACAGCAAUCGAAAGAUUAA